GUGCGCUGCUGCGGCACCCCGGGCUCGCCCCCCGGAGCCCUCAAGCAGUUCCUGCCUCCGGGAACCACCGGGGCUGCGGCCUCGGCCGCCGAAUACGGUUUCCGCAAAGAGAGGGCGGCGCUGGAGCAGUUGCAGGGUCACAGGAACAUCGUGACUUUAUAUGGAGUCUUUACCAUACACUUCUCUCCAAAUGUGCCAUCACGCUGUCUGUUGCUUGAACUCCUGGAUGUCAGUGUUUCGGAAUUGCUCUUAUAUUCCAGUCACCAGGGUUGCUCCAUGUGGAUGAUACAGCAUUGUGCCAGAGAUGUUUUGGAGGCCCUUGCUUUUCUUCACCAUGAGGGCUAUGUCCACGCAGACCUCAAACCUCGAAACAUACUGUGGAGUGCUGAGAAUGAAUGCUUUAAGCUUAUUGACUUUGGGCUUAGCUUCAAAGAAGGCAAUCAGGAUGUAAAGUAUAUUCAGACAGACGGUUAUCGAGCUCCAGAAGCAGAACUACAGAAUUGUUUGGCCCAGGCUGGCCUGCAGAGUGAUACAGAGUGUACCUCAGCUGUUGACCUGUGGAGCCUCGGAAUCAUUUUACUGGAAAUGUUCUCAGGCAUGAAACUGAAACAUACAGUCAGAUCUCAGGAAUGGAAGGCAAACAGUUCUGCUAUUAUUGAUCAUAUAUUUGCCAGUAAAGCAGUGGUGAAUGCCGCAAUUCCAGCCUAUCACCUCAGAGACCUUAUCAAAAGCAUGCUUCAUGAUGACCCAAGCAGAAGGAUCCCUGCUGAGAUGGCAUUGUGCAGCCCAUUCUUUAGCAUUCCUUUUGCCCCUCAUAUUGAAGAUCUGGUGAUGCUUCCCACGCCAGUGCUUAGACUCCUCAAUGUACUGGAUGACGAUUACCUUGAAAAUGAGGAUGAAUAUGAAGAUGUUGUAGAAGAUGUAAAAGAAGAGUGUCAGAAAUAUGGACCAGUGGUUUCUCUGCUUGUUCCAAAGGAAAAUCCUGGCAGAGGACAAGUCUUUGUUGAGUACGCAAAUGCUGGUGAUUCCAAAGCUGCUCAGAAAUUGCUGACUGGGAGGAUGUUUGACGGAAAGUUUGUUGUGGCUACAUUCUACCCGCUGAGUGCCUACAAGAGGGGAUACCUGUAUCAAACCUUGCUUUAAUCAGUAACCUAAGGACUAUUUCCCGUUUCUCCUCUUCCAUUUCUUGGAUUACUAUAUUCCACAGCUGAACGCAGGAGCACCCCUUUACCCAUUUGAAAGGGUACCUUGUACAUUUAUUUAAUCCUACUAAUGUGCAGCCAUUGCCCAAACAGUGACUGCAUUGCAAACAUUGGCACUGAGUAGGACAAGACCUCUCAGCUAUACAUUGAGGGGGUUAGAGCACCCAUGUGGGCACCCUUCGUUUGUGCAGUAGGGCAGGUGCUGUUCUUUAGUAUGUAACCUAAAAAGAUGUCAUUUCAUGUGGUGAUGAAGCAAAGAUGAGUAAUUUGUCAUAGUGAAUUUUAUUAACAAGUUUGUUAAGGUUGGUGACAUCACAGAUUAUUUGUUUGUAUUGUCAGGUGUAUCUCAUUGUUAUUCUAGCUGGCACUGGAUGCUCUAAUAAUGUUAAGUCAUUGUCAAGCAGCAGUUACCAACCAUGUUCUUAACAAUGAGUUGUGAAUUUUUCUAAGGGAGUACUGUAGGACUUAAUAUUCCUCUGAAGAAACUGCAGUGAGCCUAUCAACAUUUUUAAAAUUACUAUUAGGCUUUUAAAAUAGAAAGCUGAUGCUUGAUCUUGCACAAUUUUUAUGUCUAGUAUGUAUGCUUGAGUGGGUGUGUGGGUGUGAAAGAAUAGAGAAAUUUGAGUCAGUGUACUUUAUAGUGUGAGUCUUGUGAGCUAAUACAGUCUAUAACCAUUUCUUCCUACCUGUUUCACACUUGUGAAACUUGAAAUAUAGGUUUCUUGAAAGUUGGUCUGACUGAUAGAAUGUAAAUGACAAAACAGUUCAUUCCUGUAAAGUGCAGAACAAACUGGAGUCUAGACCAGGGUUACAUUGAACUCUUCAAAGUGACUGGAACAAAAAAGGUUUUUAGUACAUGUCAAUUAUCCCAUUCUUUGGUCUACUCUAGACCCGAGAGUGACUCAUCUGUUUUGUACUGAACCUCUUGUGAUAAUUGUAAAAUUUCUCCAGAUGUGAUUUUUUUUUUCUGCUAAAAUGGAAAAUUGAAGUGGAUCAGAAAAACAGUUACAGUGAAGGGAAAAGAGAAAAGUGUAAAGAAGCUAGCUAAUCAUGGAUCCUUUGGUCCUCCCUGUGUCCUCCCUGCUGCCCGGCCACCCUCACCUCAUUUCCCAGAGCUCUGCCUCUGUCUGCAGCUGGAGGGCAGGGUCCCAGUCACUGGCUGUAAGGGAGUAAAGGAAGGUUGAGGUGUUAGGAGGUGGAAGUAGAAGCUCCACAGCAACCGAAUGUGCCCUUGAUCAGAGGGCACAGGUGACUGUGGCUUGAGGAUUGUGAGCAUGGAUUCUUCUUUCUGUAGUAGAUGCCUGGAGAGCUGUGAACUUAGGGAACCUUUAUAAAGCACUGACUGUACAGGACAACCCACAACGUGUACACCAGUUAAGAAUUGUUUUCCUGUUUCCUUACCUAAAUGAAAGUUUUAUUUAUUUAUUUUUCCUUAGGGAAGAGUGUUUUGUUUCUUUCCCUCAUGGCAUCCUGCUUAUAUAGUUUUCUCAUGUCCAUGCCAUACAAGCUCCUGAAAGCUCCAUUAAAAUUUGCAUUUUAGUGGAUGAAUUAUUUUACCCUGUUCAAACAUACACUGUCCAACAUUUGUUAGUAAAAUCAAAUUAUUCAGAGCUCCCUCUUUUGAAGUUAAACUUGUCAUAAGGGGAUUGUCUGAUGAAUUAUCUAGUGGUCUUAUGUCAUGGUCCCUGAUGUGUUCCUUAGAAAGAAGGAUUUUUCCGGGAUUGAUUGGGUGACUGGGUUCCAAGUCAAAAUUGAAGAGCAUAGAAUCAGUACUGUGAAGUCCUAAGCUUUCCUAAAACAUAAAUAUUUAUACCAGGAGCUGUUUCUUUGGUCACAGGGUACAGUGAAUUCUUCUGAAGGGCAAGUAUGGUCAGCACAUAUCCCCCCCCUUCAUAAAAAGAUCCUUGCAAAUAAACUGCAGAUGGGCUUCCGAGCUUUGUCGUGCAGUGUGCUGCUAACAUUUCUGCACUUACAGCAGUCUGUGAUCCUCGUUAUUGCAAAUGUAGUCAUAAAUAUGUGUAGCAUUUGACACUGUAGACUUAUUACAGAAGAUCAUUUUAAGGGAGCUAAGGAAGUAGAUGAUGAGCCCAAAUAAUUACAUUGAAUUAAAUAUUUUAUAUUGACGCCACAGAAUUGAAAACAAAAUAUAGCCUACUAUGAUUUAAAGCAUUGUUUGAUAGCUCUUAACCCAUUUGCCAAAGAGGACAGCUGUAGAUUCUCCCUCUGAUACUAUGAGGACUUUCAUUUUAAUAUCUUUCUUAAACUGGGACCAAAUAUUAUAAAAGAUGCAAUUUUCACAAUAAAUAUAUGCAUAGAAAUUUUAAUUCUUUGGAGUUAUUAGAAACCUAGAAUUCCCUUAUUAAGAGGCAAGGCAAAGAGGUGAAGGUUCAUGUUACUUAGCCCCUGUCUCUGGGGGCAAGUUUUAUCUCAGGUAGUUUUACUUUCCCUAUAUUAAUAUUUGUGCUUCCUUCCCUCUUGCCUUCCCACUUCCUUCUUUAUUCUUCCAUGGUACUACUCUCCUGUGGCACAUAUUGUCCUAGAUAAGGCAUAGGAAGCAGUUGCUCCCUAGGAAAUUUUGGGUUCUUUAGAAGUAUUUGGAGGAGGUGGCUAGUAGCCAUGAUCAAAACUAUAAUAGUGUAUUUAGAAGGGAAUAGAGUUGGGCCCGUCAGUAAGGUGUCUAUUAUGACUGGAUGCCCUCCUUCCUUUGUGGCCGUUGGCACAGUGGCUCUCUUUGGGAAAUAGCCCUUUCUGUUGUCUUCUUGAGCUAAAUAAUGGCUGCUUUUAGAAUCCAAUGACUAACAUGGUUUUGCUCAUCUGUCUGUGUGUUCAUUGAGAGAAGUGUGGCCUUCUCUUUCAGUUGUAGCUGCUAAGGGGUGUUGAGAUGGUUACCCUGCCACCAACCAUGCUGCCACACAGAGAGGUGCGGAAGAGUUGCAGGUGUAAGGCUUCUUUUUCUGUCUUACUACACUGGACUUUCCCUCAAGUGAGGGCAUCAGUUAGGGAAGAACUUAAAGGCAAAGUUAGAAUCUCAUCAGAAGCUGUUUCGUGGCUCUUUGGAAUUUAUUGAUCAAAGGCAGCUGGCUGACAGUUUGUCACCAUUUUUGGUAGUUCUCACUCUGGCUUACUAGGCCUAUUGUACAUAGCAUUUUAUUUUUCAGCAGUUAUUGAAAAUGAUCAUCAUUGUAACUGAUGAUAAUUAGAACAGCAUAGUGGGUGAGGGAAUCUCUUAGGGAGACACUUGUAACUGUGUGGUUUACCUAGACUCUCACUCAGAGGGUACGGGCUGGCUAUUAUAUUCAGAUUAGUAUACAGAUAGGAGUACAUCGUGACUUUCCAUCUUUUAGAUGUGUAGCUAGCUCAAGUAAUGAGCAAGUGCCUUGUGUUUCCUGGUGAAUAUUAAACCUCAUCUGGGCGAAAGCUCCAGGUGAUGACUGCACUGUCGCCUUUUUCUCGGAAUAACUUGGACUGAGUCAUGUGAAUCCAGAAUUUCCUUGGCUUACUUAAAACAUACAUAUGUAUAAAACUGUUCCUAUUUGAUUUACCUCAGUAUUGCAUGUUGACGGAAAGGCCAGUUCUACUUGUAGGCUCUCACUUCUCUGGUUAGGUUCCUUCCUCAGAUCUCAUUGCUCCAGCUCUCUAUCUGUUGUACAUUGUGGUCACGUAUCGACCUGUGCUUGGUCAGUGCUAGCUCAAAAAUUCCUGUUUCUUGAGGUGCUCAGCAUUUGCCUUUCUAUUGAAUAGGGUUUCUUUCCACUUGGUAUUACUAGCUUCCUCAAAGAAUACAUGGAUCCUGAGUCUCUGUCAUGUGGAGCUCAUCUGAGUAUGUUUAGAUUUUAGAUUCUUAAUCAUGGAGAAGCUUGGGUAUUUUAGUGCUUAGAGUGCCCCCCCCAAUUGGAUUUUGUUCCUUUCUUCACCUGACACCACAGGAUGAAUCAUCUUCUUUUCCUUGCCACCUCACCAAGAUGGUGUUCCCUAUGUUUAAAGUUGUCUGAUGACUAAUGCUUAAGACCAUGACAAGCAGUUAGCAGGUACUAGAUAUUUAAGAAGGUAAACAACUUAGACUAUUUUUGCUAUGACUUUAUAGGAGAAAUGAGUUGUCAAAGAGAUACGUAUAAUAAGCCAGGGAACGUGUAGGGUAAAGAGAUUUUUGGGGACAGGGUUUCAUGGUGUCUAGACUGGCCUCCACUCAGGAUCACUGUCUCAGCCUCCCAAGGGCUGCUUAUUAUCACAGGUGUGCACCAUCAUGCCCAGCUCCUUUAGGAAACUAUUUUAUAGGUGGUCAUAAAGGUAAUUUUUCAGGAUAUAAAACAAACUUAAAAGUUUACACAAAUUCUGUUGUCCUGUUAAAAACUAUUGAUUUUCUAUUAGCUCAGCACUUUCCCUGUUUUUGUGCUGCUUAUAGGAAUGGUUGCUUUAAAUUUGCUGUAUUUGUGCCUUUCUGAGAGUCAUAAUCAUGACAGUUGUGUUUCUUGGCACUAUUCUAAAUGCUGGCGUCCUGGGAUCCUCUCUAAACUGGGUAGCUGUCACAACAAUGUGAAGAAAAAUUGGUGGGUCUUUUGGAGGUGGUGUGUGUUUUGUGAACCGAGUUCCUAGUGCUUUAAUGAAAAGGCAGCAAGAUGUGCUCUUAUUUGCCUUUUGUGGCCAUUAAUUUCUACUUCUCUGUAUAAUGAAAGCAAGUUACAUUCUGAGAAGAAAACUGGAAUUGUUUGCUCUUUUGUUUGUUUCUUACUGAGAAACUUGUGUAAAGAGUAGGCCACUACCACCUUCAGCCACUGAUUAUCAGUGAGCGAAUCUAUAGUCAUUCUUUAAAAUCCUCCAUUGGAGGGCUGAAGAGAUGGCUCGGGGGGGUUAAGAGUACUGGCUGCUCUUCUAGAGGACCUGGGUUCGGUUCCCAGCAUCCACAUGGUAGCUCACAGCUUCAGAUCCAGGGAAUCCAACACCCUCCCCUAGACAACCGUAUAGGCAAAAACAGCAGUGCACAUAAAAUAAAGAUAAAUAAAAUCUGUGGAUGGAAUCACUUCCCCCUUUCUCUGUCAGCUCCUCAGAAUCUCUUCAGUACCUUGAAUUACCUUUAUUGUGUUCUUUUAUUAGGUAUGUCACCAGAGGCUGUCAGAGUUAAGAGUCCUUAAUAGGAAUAGGGAAAAGGCAUUAGUAAUCUUCCACACACAGUUCAUGGUCUAAAAAAUCUCUCCUCAUUACCCAUAGCAUAAAAACAUUGCCUUUCUUACACAUUCCUUAGGAGAUGGUUGUCAGGGUUUAUGAGGCCAGAUUAAAUAUCCAUAUUCAGUUUGUCCUAAUUUUUUAAAGUGUUUGAGUUUCAGCCCUUGUGCAUUUGGGGUUCACUACUAUUCUUGCAAAUUGAAGCUCAGAAAAAAACUGGGGGCCAGCCAUCUCUGUCUUCCUCUUUUUGCACAUGGGGUGGGUGGCAUUGUUAUGCACUAACUGCAGUUACAGCACCUUGUGAAAAGAAGUGUAAGUAGUGUUUAUUAUUAUAGUAAGAAAAGCCUUUCAUCUGCACUUCUGUAAUCAGCAGAGUACAAAGCUGUCACAUACAUCUUUUCCAUCUGCAUUUACUUUUCAUUCUUAGUUAUUUUUUGAAAAUCUUAAAAUACUUUAACAUUCCUUAAAUCUCCUUUAAGUAGUUCACAUCUGGGGUAGAAGGCUUUUUUUUCCCAUCCUGAAAAGGGCUCUGUCUUUUCCAUCUUUUUUUGUCACUCUUAGACAUCCAUUUAUGAUCUAUACAUUUUAAUGGUUUCUGGUCUCGAGACUAUGUCAGCACUGGAGUGAUCGGUUGUGAAUGUGAAAACCUACUGUUUUCCCUUGCAAACAUGGAAUUACUGUUUUGGGCAUAGGAGGUCUGGUUUAAAAAAAAAACAAACAAAACAAAACCAUGAAAGAUCACUUAAACCAAAGCCAGUUCUAAGGAGUGUUCACUCCUGUUGGUUUACCUUCUCAGAGCGACAGGAAAAUUACAGUGCGCAGUGAGUUGUUGUCUGUGACAUUUCUACCGGUAUUUCAGUAAUGUGUUGGUCUUGGCAUUUCUUGAUGCUAUGAUUCUGUUUUGUUUUGUUUUUUUUUUCUUGUGAUGUUUUACUGCUUAUGAGUGGUUGGGCUUUUGUUGUUGUUUUGUUUUAAUUAAUUGGGACUAUACAUGUAGAUAGAUGUGCUUUAGUACCAAGAUGCCCUUUUUCCAAAUCCCCAAAUCUCUGAUUUCCACACCACUCCUUCACACGUCUGCUUUCUUGCUGAUAGCAGAGGACUUUAUCCCCACCUCCCUAGAAAGUGUGAGCACUGUGUUUCAGCGAGCUGCCUUGUGGGCUUUUGCUGAAAACUUCUCUGUAAACACAAUUGCCUUGUUCAGUUUUGUUGUAAACUGACUCACCAUGCGAUGCACUGUCGAUAGCUUCCUGAUAUGUGGUGGAUAAGAGUGAUAAAAUAAAGCUUACAAAGAAAAGAAA